UCUCAGGACGCCAUAUGUCGUCUAUACAUCACAUGACCCGUGUGGAGCUCCAGAGCCCGUCGGUCUGAAGGAUAGAAACGAGACCACGUGUUGGAACCGGAGACCUGAGGCGCGGCACCGGGAGGCGGCACGAUGCCUGGUCCACUUGACGGCUUGAGGCCCAGAAAGAGGAAGAGCAGCUCCAGAAAGCCUUCUACUACAAGGAGGAGAUGUAUAAAAGGUCCAAAGACGCAGCCAGCACCAGAGAGCAGCUCAGCAGUCAGUAAAGCAGAGGUUCCUCUGGAGAGACUCUCUCGCAUCAGCUGUGAAUGCCACCAGUUUGCAGGCAGGAGGAGAUGCUCAGCAUCACCAGAGCUCCAAGGACAGGAGGGCAAAGAAAACGAACUGAGGACGAGGCUGGAACGGGACAGCUGCCGAGUGUACGGCGUCUGUGACAAACCGGAGUCUGAGGACAUGGACUGUGAAGAAACCAGCAAAAACAUGUUCCCAGACGACGACAGCAAUCAGAUUCUUCCUGUGGAGCAGUUCUUUGGAAACUUGGACGCUAUACAGGACUUCCCUCAGAGAUCGUCAGAGACUUCUGCUCGUGCUCAAAGGGAGCACAGGAGACGACAUUACUACGCACCAGAGGACAGCGACGAAGAGGAGGCGGUCCUCGGCGGUAUGCAUGGAGGCGACAGAGGGGACGCUUAG